AUGGAAAUAUCCUCGUUCCCAUUUCUCAACCCGGAAGAGAUUUCACACUUCUACACCCUGUUCCAGGAGAUGGACAAUAAUAAUAACAACUUCAACUUCGCUGGAGGACCCGACAGCAGCGGUAGUUACGGAGGAGACGGCAGCGGGAGCGGUGGUGGGUUUAACAACGGAGCGAAUAGUGGUGGUGUAAAUACGAACAGUAAGAAGCGGAACGAGAGUAAGCUGAAGAAGACGAAUGCGGUGAAGGAUAUUCUCAGCUCGCUUGUGCUAUUGGACGAGGAGGAGAAGCAGGAGCAGAAUCAGUGGGUCGUGGAGUCGCAGCACGAUAAGGCCUUGUUCGAUUCCAAUCACGAUCAGAAGGUGCGAGUUAUGAAUGAAUUCAAUUCCGAUAUGCAGACCCAUUUCUCCAAUUUGGAUAAUUUGGACCAAUCCAGGGCCAAGAGCUCCCGCCGCUCUGCUUCCGCCGCCGUCGUCGUCGCUGCCGCAUCCGCCGCGGCUGCGGUGGCGGGUUCGGGGGAUUCGGUUCAGAGUGGUGGUGCGGGAGGUGGGUCGACGAGCGCCACGCCGCCGCAGCAGCGGCGGUUGUGGGUCAAGGACAGGUCAAAGGACUGGUGGGAUCGGUGUAACCAUCCCGAUUUCCCCGAGGAGGAGUUCAAGAAGGCGUUCCGGAUGAGCAAGGCGACGUUCGACAUGAUCUGCGAGGAGCUGGAUUCCGCGGUGAUGAAGAAGAACACAAUGCUGCGGGACGCCAUCCCGGUCCGCCAGCGGGUUGCGGUGUGUAUUUGGAGGCUGGCGACAGGGGAGCCACUCCGAAUUGUGUCCAAGAAGUUCGGAUUGGGGAUAUCGACUUGCCACAAGCUGGUACUCGAGGUGUGCUCGGCGAUCAGGACGGUGUUGAUGCCCAAGUUCCUCCAAUGGCCGGACGAGGAGAAGAUGAGAGGGAUCAAAGGGGAGUAUGAAUCAAUGUCGGGGAUACCGAAUGUUGGUGGGUCAAUGUACACAACCCACAUCCCAAUCAUCGCCCCCAAGAUCAGUGUCGCUGCUUACUUCAACAAGAGGCACACCGAGAGGAAUCAGAAGACUUCGUACUCGAUCACGGUUCAAGGAGUAGUGGAUCCCAGAGGUGUGUUCACCGAUGUUUGCAUUGGCUGGCCUGGUUCGAUGCCAGAUGACCAGGUUCUGGAAAAAUCAGCACUUUACCAGAGAGCCAGCAGGGAUUUACUGAAAGAUGUUUGGAUCGUGGGGACUUGUGGCUACCCUUUGAUGGACUGGGUUCUGGUGCCCUACACUCACCAGAACCUGACAUGGCCGCAGAACGCUUUCAACGAGAAGAUUGGGGAGAUUCAAGGCGUCGCGAAAGAUGCAUUCGCCAGGCUGAAAGGGAGGUGGUCUUGCCUGCAGAAGAGAACGGAGGUGAAGCUACAAGACCUGCCUGUUGUGCUUGGGGCUUGUUGUGUGCUCCACAACAUCUGCGAGAUGAGGAACGAGGUGAUCGAGCCUGAACUCAAGUUCGAUAUUUUCGACGAUGAGAUGAUACCAGAGAACAGCCUUAGAUCAGCUGGUGCGGCUCAGGCUAGGGAUCACAUCGCUCAUAACCUCUUGCAUCAUGGCCUUGCUGGAACUUCUUUCCUAUAG